AUGUCAUCACCACCGAAGGGUAUCCAUCAACCCCUUUUCUCCCGCCAACCAUCACAUAGAUCCCUCACCCCCCUCGCCCAAAAACUCGCCACCCAAGGCCCCGUCCGCACCCUUCCCAUCGCCCCCCGCUUGAUCCGCCUCCUAUUCAACCACACCUACAUCCUCCAAACCACCCGCGCAGUCUACGUCUGGGAACACCCCUACUACCCCCAGAUCUACAUCCCAGCGUCCGAGUUCGCGCAACACGCCCACAAAGCGCUGCAGCUCGAAAAGGGCUCCGAGAUCAAAACUGACGACGGCACCCGCGUCGCCCAGUACUGGAAACUCACCGUAGGCGACCGCAGCAUCGACAAGGCCAUCGCGUUCGACGACGCCCUGGACGGCAAGGGCAAGGACCUCGCGGGGCUCGUCAAGGUCGAUUUCGACAGCGUCGACCAGUGGUUCGAAGAGGACACGCCGAUUUUCGUGCACCCCAAAGAUCCCUUCAAGCGGAUUGAGAUUUUGUCGUCGACGCGCCAUAUUGUCGUGCGCGUGGGCGGGCAGAAGGUUGCGGAGACGGGGUUUGCGAUGCAUCUGUAUGAGACUGGACUGCCGACGAGGUUCUACCUCCCCCUAACCAGCAUCGACGCAAGCGUCCUCCGUCCCUCCAAGACAACCACCAAGUGUCCGUAUAAGGGCACCGCGAAGUACUACAGCGUCGACCUGGGCGAUGGGAAAGUCCAUGAGGAUGUAGUCUGGUACUAUGAUGCGCCUUUGCUGGAGAGCGCGACGAUCGUUGGACUCUGCUGUUUCUACAACGAGAAAGUGGAGAUUGAGCUGGAUGGGGAGAAGUUGGAGAGUCCUGUGACGCAUUUCAGUAACAAGAAGCCGGGAGAGAAACCUUCGAUCUAA